AUGGAGUACGAUGCAUACAACGGCAUGGACCUGGACGCCACGGGUCCACGAGUAACAAUACGAAAUACCAACGACACCUCCAUCGACUUCAUCCUCGGCAACACCAGCCUCGCCCUCGCAAACUCCCUCCGCCGCACCAUGCUCGCCGAGAUCCCCACCCUCGCCAUCGACCUGGUGGAAGUCGAGACCAACACCUCCGUGCUCGCCGACGAGUUCAUCGCCCACCGCCUCGGCCUCAUCCCCCUCUCCGCCCGCAACAUCGACGAAAUGCUCUACACCCGCGACUGCUCCUGCGACGACUACUGCAACAACUGCGCCGUCGUGCUCACCAUCUCCGCCCUGAACCGCGGCGGGUCGGAGAAUAUGAAGGUCUUUGCGAAGGACAUGCAAGUACAGACGGUCGAAGGGCAGCCGAUAGAAAGAUGGCCGGCAGGCCACCUGCAUACCAACGGCUUAGGCGCGGGCGACGAGAAACCCCUGCCCAAUCGCGGCCACCCCAUCCUCCAGGAUGAUCACCAGAACGGAUCGCUGAUCUGCCAGCUGCGUAAGAACCAGGAGGUCAAGGUGCGCUGCAUCGCGAAGAAGGGCAUUGCAAAGGAGCACGCGAAAUGGGCGCCUACGGCCGCAAUAGGCUUCGAGUACGAUCCGCACAAUAAACUGCGGCACACAACACUAUGGUUCGAAGCAGACGCGCAGGCUGAGUGGCCGGAGACGAAGAACGCAAAGUGGGAAGAUCCGCCGGCCGAGGGCGCGCCGUUCAGAUACGACGAUGAGCCCGAGCAAUUCUACAUUACCCUCGAGGGCACCGGCGUGCUACCUCCCGACGCCAUUCUGCAUUCCGGCAUUCGCACGCUGCAAGCCAAAUUGGCAGGGGUGAUCCAGGAGCUGGGCAAGGCGGGUGGACAGCAGGAUGGGUUGGACGGGGGAGCGAGUCCCAUGGAUGGAAUGGUGAAUGGAGGCGGCACCGCGUACGGUGCUACGAGCGCGUAUGGCGGACAAAGCAGCUACGGCCAGGACCCGGGAUAUCAAACUCCGGCUUACGGACAGGGGAGCGUGUAUGGGGGCGGAGCGGUCACGCCUUACGGUUCAAGGCCAUACUGA